AUGGGACACAAGAGCAGGAGGAGUCACCGCCAGUUACACACCUACAUUACUCCUAGUCAAGCACACAGCGGGAGCAUCACAGGCGCGUCGCGUGAACUCAUACUCUCUCUGUGUCUAAAACUCUGCACAUAAAAAGCGCAAACAUGUCGGACAGAAAGGCUGUGAUCAAAAAUGCAGACAUGUCUGAAGAGAUGCAGCAGGACGCUGUGGAAUGUGCCACGCAGGCGCUGGAGAAGUACAACAUCGAGAAGGACAUCGCUGCAUACAUCAAGAAGGAAUUUGACAAAAAGUACAAUCCCACCUGGCAUUGCAUUGUGGGGAGGAACUUUGGCAGCUACGUGACUCACGAGACGAAGCAUUUCAUCUACUUCUACCUGGGUCAGGUUGCCAUUCUGCUGUUUAAGUCCGGUUAAGCGAGCAAGAGCUUCGUUUCGUCCAACAGAGCAUUAAAACAGACUGUAUCUACCAGGCUGAUCAUUCCUGUACUGGGACCUGCCUUCUCUCGGCUGCUUCUUUUGUUCUGAUUAAUGUUUAUAAAAUGGCCAUGUGAGAGGAGAAUGACAUAAAGAAACUUGUAUUUAUUUUUGUUUUCUAUACACAGUUGGAACGUUUUAUGUCACCUGAGUUUUUUUUUAUUAAAGCAAGAUCGUUUGGCUGUUUGGGUGGAGUUUGUUGUUUCAGGUGAUGUGCGCAAAUUCCUUGAAAUGGUGAAGCAUCUUGUAUGAAAGUUAGUGUAUAGUUGCAUGUUGGACCCCAUCCACAACAGGACAAAAACUCAGGGUUUGCUGAAGUAAGUCUCCUGGCACCAUUACGUUAAACAGACCUAUAUAAUAAAACAGAUUUUUGACACACCGGUUAGCUGCUGUGGAGUUGUUAGUUGCAGUUUUUGAUCGUUAACGUUUGUGUCUGUUCUAUUGACACAAUAAAGCAGUUUGUAUAUUCUGAAUAUUUUCAUGACAUCAUACAUAUGAAUAAAUGAUCUGAAUUGACCUUUA